AUGGACGAAAUCAUUCCCGGCCUCUGGGUAGGAGACCUUCCCAGCGCUCUUAAUGUCGAGCUCUUGAAGCAAAACCACAUAUUCAGUAUUCUUUCUGCGAUGCGCGGCCGAAUAACUAUACACGAGACUUUUGUUCGGCAUCAAAUUUUACUUGACGAUACGGAAGAGGCAGACAUCAUGAUUCAUUUUCUCCCUUCGAUAACCUUCAUCCAGGCUGAGCUGGACAAGGGCCGGAGCGUGUUGGUACAUUGCCAGGCUGGAAUGAGCCGGAGUGUCACGCUUGUGGCGGCGUACCUCAUGAAGUCGCGACCGAAUAUUGACCCCAACCCCGGAUUCCUAGUCCAGCUGGAUCUAUUCCACAAAGCUUCAUUCAGGAUAUCCCGCAAGGACAAGUCGACCCGAAUGUUCUAUAUGGAACGAGCGGUAGAGGAAGUAAUGAACGGUGAUGGGACUCUACCGCCUACUGACAUGUUCGCAAAAUUUCCCCGUACACCAUCUGACUCGACGCCCGCCACCCCGAGAGGACCGCGCCGGCGUAUACGCUGCAAAAUGUGCAGGCAGGAGCUGGCAGCCAGAGAACAUAUGCUAGACCACGGUCAGCUUGCUGGUUCGCGACGAUCAUCAACUAACCAAUCACUUUCUCGACAUUCGUCCACCGGCCAUUCGCGAUCAACACUUGGUACCAAUAGUGAUGUCCGUCCUAGACGACCAUCACAAUUGACUUUCGGCGGACUUGCGCUAGAAACGGAUGACCCCACCGAGGAUGACGGUGACAACACCGCGAAACCCAGUACUUCUUCCCCGCAGCGCCGUGUAUCUGGAGGAGGAGAAACCCGAAAACGGCCUUUUACCAAUCUGUCGAGGACUCUUCUGGACUCGCUCUCCAUGUCUGCUCUUGAAACCGAGGAUGAUGAUGACAUAGAUCUGUCCGCUAUACCGAAAACGGACCUCACACCUACAAACAAUGCAGGAGUCCCGUCCAUAGAUGCUGCAACCUUGCUGGGGCGCCGUCUUUCUGAUGCGGUCAUCGCAAUGUCACCCUCUGACACGGAACCGGGGCAACCGCCUUCUGCGUCUCAAAAUGGGACCCCCGGAGCCGAUACUACGCAGUUCUCGAGUCCCGGUGACCUGGCAGCACAGCUAUAUGCUAACCCGAAGCUGGCUGCGUUGCGCACCCCCAUCGCGAUGGGGAUGACCCCGAUUCAGGCAAAUACUGCUAGAUCGAAUACCACAAUCAGCCCGCCUAUACUCAUGAAUCCCAAAUGCUCAGGGUACUUUGUGGAACCUAUGAAAUGGAUGGAGCCGUUCCUGGAGAGCGGAGAAUUGGCUGGAAAGAUUGUAUGCCCCAACAAGAAAUGUGGUGCGAAACUUGGUAACUUUGACUGGGCUGGGGUUUGCUGUGGGUGUAAGACAUGGGUAACUCCCGGAUUCUGUAUCAACCGCUCCAAAGUUGAUGAGAUAGUCCACUGA